AUGGCUUCGCCGGCCGGCGGCCAGCCAUUAAUUCCGACUGGUCAGCCCCCUAACACAUCUGCCCAACCUCCUACAACAACUACAAACAAUCCCCAGCCCUCAAAUCCCACAAACGAAGCCACGAAUUACGCAAAAGCUAUGAACCCUACUUCGACGACCACUACCAAGCAGAAUCGAGCCGCUACAGUAUACCAAGUUGAUUUUGUAGUAGUUUGCGUGGGAAGAUUCAGCCAAGUUCCAAAUAUUCCUCAGUUCCCUCCAAACAAAGGUCCACAAGCUUUCGAUGGUGAAGUAAUCCAUUCAAUGGAUUAUUCCAAAAUGAACUCCACAACUGCAACCAAUUUAGUCAAAGAUAAAAACGUAGCCGUUGUUGGAUUCCAAAAAUCAGGAAUGGACAUUGCCAUGGAGUGCUCUACCGUUAAUGGGAUUGAACGUGCAUGCACAGUAAUAAUCAGGACUCCACACUGGAACCUUCCAGAUUAUUUUCCAUGGGGAUUCCCUUUGGCAAAACUCUAUCUAAGUCGAUUCUCCGAACUUAUGGUGCAUAAGCCCGGUGAAGGCCUUCUUUUAUAUCUCAUGGCUACUAUUCUUUCACCUCUGAGGUGGGGAUUCUCAAAAUUUGUGGAAAGCCAUAUAAAACACAAGCUCAAGCUUUCAAAACAUGGAUUGGUUCCAGAGCAUAGUUUCUUAAACGAAUUGAGUGCAUGUUUAAUUUCUACGGUGCCUGAAGGCUUCUACAACAGAGUUGAGGAAGGACGUCUCAAGCUGAAGAAAGCAAAGAGUUUUGGAUUUACUAAAGAAGGUAUCGUGCUUGAGGGUCAAGCUGAACCAAUUAAGUCGGACUUGGUCAUACUCGCUACUGGCUGGAAGGGAAUAGACAAGAUCAAAAACGUAUUUGAAUCACCAAAUUUUCAGGAAUACAUAGCAGGCUCAGAUGGUUCGGCAGUUCCUCUAUAUAGGGAAUGCAUUCAUCCCAAAAUUCCACAGCUGGCAAUAAUUGGAUUCUCUGAAAGCGUGGCAAAUCUAUACACUUCAGAAAUAAGGUGUCGAUGGCUGGCAGAGUUUCUUGAUGGAAAGUUUAAACUACCUAGCGUCAAGGCCAUGGAGGAAGACAUAGCACAAUGGGAUAAAUACAAGAAGAGAUACAGCAAGAAGUACUACAGGAGAUCAUGCAUUGGUGCAUUGCAUAUUUGGCACAAUGACCAACUCUGCAAGGACAUGGGUUGGAAUCCUAAGAGGAAAAAGGGUCUCAUGGCGGAGUGGUUCGAACCUUAUGGCCCGUCAGACUACGCCGGCUAGCUCAACCAUCCCAGAAGAUUUCUCUUUGUUGCUUUUCUUACAUUCUGCUGCAUGGUCUUCCUUAUUUUACUGUCUUAAAGGUGUGCUUUGUCACUGUUCUGUCUUUCUCAUAUGACGUAAUAAGCUUGUUUAUCCCACCCUGGAAAGCUUUAUACAUCAGCUUGACAUUCAUACAUACUCUUCUUUUUAGAAACUCAGCAGAAAUAUUGUGCAACAAUAAUCAUCUCACGGCAGCUAUGAGAAGCAGCUAUGAGAAGCAGUAGGUAGACUAGCAUAGACAUUCAAACAUUAAAUUAAAACCCCCAGAGGCUUGUAUACAUUCAAAGUCUUGCUGAUAAAAAGUUGUAUAAAGACAACUCCAAUACGCUUAUUUUGCGUGCACCAAGUUUGCAAAACCUUAAAAGGGAUCGAUUGACCUCAAGAAACUAAAGGAACGAAGAGGGGGUUAGGGCUACAGAGUAAAUUCAAGAUAUAACCUGUUCAUUCCUUUCCGUUCCAGCAAGCUGACUCCUUAACCAAGAUGCCGAACAUUAUAGAAUCCAACAUAUUUACAUAGGGAAGUAGUGUAAAUAAUUCAAUGUACAGUUGUUCCGCAGUUGUAUAAAGCUAUCUAAAGAUACGAGCCACCAGGCAUUAUUGCAGUCAUGAAGAAUCUUCGAACGCCCCCCACCGCCAAAAAAAAAAA